AUGUCCUUCAUUAUGGCGACAGGAAAUAGGAAGAAAUCGAACAAUUGCUCUGGAUGCUUAAUGGAGCAAGGGGGGAAGCGGAGUGGACAUUUUUUCAAAGUUGCGGGGUUUAAGGUUUUUGCUUUGUUCGUUAUUUUUCUAGUAUGCUUCUUUUUCGGGAACAACCUGGUCGUCGAAAAUGCAAAGGAAGCUAAUGCAUUGCAGAGGCACAAUGAUUUUUCAAGAAGGUUGGGUGAGUCUUCAUUGAAAGUCCCAAUGAACGAUAAUUCCGCAAACGUUCCUACGUCUGGAAAGAAGGGGAAGGAUUACUUCCAAAGAAAGGACGAAAAUUAUGAUAAAGUUGUAAAAGAGUUAAAUGAAAAAUUCAGGAACAAUUACCAACACAGUGAAUCGCAGAACGGUGAAUAA